GUGGGAUUGAGGAAGGGGCCAGCGGCUGCAAAGAGGAGCCGGAGCCAGUCUGCGCCCCCGGGCAUCGGGGAGGGGCGUCCACACCGGCCAGCUGCCCCAGUUGCUGUCCCUCGCUUGCUUUGGCGGGUGGCCACCAUGGAGGAGAUGGUGAUCUGGGAGCAGCACACGGUGACGCUGAGCAAGGACCCUCAACGGGGCUUUGGCUUCGCUGUCUCCGGGGGCCAGGACCGUCCCAACAGGACGACCGGGGACACAGCGGUGAUCGUUUCCGAUGUUGUGUCCGGGGGACCCAGCCACGGCUCCGUUUUCCCUCCCAGGAGGAAGGAUCACAUUGUGAUGGUGAACGGCCUUUCCAUGGAGAACGUCUCGUCCUCCUUUGCUAUCCAGACGCUUAAGACCUGUGGCAAGAUCGCCAACAUCACGCUGAAAAGAUCAAAGAAAGUCCACCUCCCCACGAGCAAGAGCAGCCCUGCGUCCCCUGCUGCACCCCGGCGCUACGACUCGGAUGAGGACUACGGGUCGCACGGUGCGGAUCCAGCCCUCCACCGCUCCCAGGAUGACCUGGACCACAGCCAGGGCUACGAUGGGGACUCGUCCAGUGAGAGGAGCUCUGGCCACCACCGGGAUGACCGCCCCCAUCACAAGCCAGUGUCCCGGAGCCGGAGGCGACGCCAGGAAUGCCGGGAUGUGCCAAUGAAGCCCAUCACCUCGGUCCUGGUGAAGCAGAAGCAGAACGAAGAGUAUGGCCUGAAGCUGGGAAGUCAGCUCUUCAUCAAACACAUAGUGGAGAGCGGGCUGGCGGCGAAGGGCAACUCCUUGCAGGAGGGAGACCUCAUCCUAAAGAUCAACGGGGUGGCCAGCAAGGACAUGUCACUGGCUGCCACCCAGCAGCUCAUCGAGCAGACAGAGGGGACCCUGACCCUGCUUGUCCUCCGGGACCACCAUCAGUUCCUGGUCAACAUCCCCGAGAUAGAAGACAGCCAGAGCGACAGCUCCCGGAUGGAUGAUAUCUCUGACAUCGACUCUGAACUGUCCCACCCGCCAUCCCCUGAGACCUCUCCGGGACCUCCAGCUGCUGCCAGGAUGAAUUCACCACCGGCGAGGAGACGAUCGAGCAGGGACCCUGUGGCCAACACGAUCGCGGAUGAUGCUCGGGGCCCUGACCUGCUGGAAGCUGUGGAGGGGGAUGGCUGCCACAGUCCCCACGCCAACCCCACUGCCCGAGCUGCCCACGCGGACGGGUACAGCGCCGACUCCAGGGUCGUGCACUUCGUUACCUCACCCACCAUGCCCUGGGCACUGCUGUCCCUGGGAUCCCCGCUGGUGCCCGUGCCCUCCGUCCCACCAGUGGAGCCGUGUCCAAGUGCUUUUCUGCGACAGGUGAACAACACCAGCUUCCAGAACCGGACCCGCGAGGAGGCCGUGGAAUAUCUCAUGAGCCUGCCGCCGGGCGAGGACAUCACGCUGUGGACCCAGAGCAAGCAGGACAUUUACAGGAAGAUGAUCUCGUCCAACGUGGGUGACUCAUUCUACAUCCGGACACACUUUGACUUCGAGAAGGACACACCGUCGGGGCUCAGCUUCGUCCGUGGCGACGUCUUCCACGUGCUGGACACCAUGUACCAGGGCAGGCUGGGGAGCUGGCUGGCGGUGCGCAUGGGCAGGGACCUGCAGGAGCAGGACAAGGGCAUCAUCCCCAACCAGAGCAGGGCCGAGCAGAUCGCCAGCCUGGAGUCGGUGCUGAAAGCCACGUCUGGUGCCAACCCCUCUGGGGCACGGGCCGAGUUUUGGAAGCUGCGGGGCCUGCGGGGAGCCAAGAAGAUGCUGCGGAAGAGCCGCGAGGACCUGUCUGCCCUCACAAAGCAGGGCCGCUACCCACCGUAUGAGCGGGUGGUCCUGAAGGAAGCCAGCUUCAAGCGGCCGGUGGUGAUCCUGGGCCCCAUCGCAGACAUUGCCAUGCAGAAGCUGAGCACGGAGCUGCCCGAGCUGUUCGAGAUUGCCCCGAGUAUGCCCCGAGAUGGGGCAUCGUCCAAGGUCAUCAAGUUGGACUCGGUGCGGCAGAUCGCAGAAAAGGACAAGCAUGCCUUGUUGGACAUCACGCCCUCGGCCGUGGAGCGCCUCAACUACGUGCAGUACUACCCGGUGGUGGUGUUCUGUGAGCCCGAGAGCCGGCAGGGCAUCAAGGCCAUGCGCCAGUGGCUGGCACCCGACUCCAGGAAAAGCUCCCGGCGCCUCUACGCCCAGGCCAGCAAGAUGAAGAAGUACUGCAGCCACCUCUUCACUGCCACCGUCAGCCUCAGCGGCAGCAGCAAUGCCUGGUACGAGGCGAUCAAGGACAUCAUCAGGACGCAGCAGAGCCAGCCCAUUUGGACGGCAGCGGAGCAG